AUGUCCGGUUAUAAUAUCGACCGGUUUGUCAAUUUGAGUGAAACGGAAAGGGAUGAACUGACGUGUAGUCUAUGUCUGGACAUACUAUGUUGUCCAGUGGUAUCACCUUGCUGCUCUCAGAUGUUCUGCGAGUGUUGUAUUAAUGAAUGGCUACAAACCAACAAUACCUGUCCAUACGAUAGGAUAGCUCUUACUAAGAGUGGACUAACACGACCACCAAGUUGCGAUUAUAAAGACAAAGGAUGUCGAGAAGUAGUAAAAUUGGAAAACCUGACCAGGCACACUGUCGAUGAUGCUGCAAUAUUUAAAUCAGCUCGCACAAAUAUUUUGGAUCAUCAAAUUAUUGUCAAUAAAUGCGAUGACGAUAUGACUGAGAAUAUAAUGCGAUUCGUUCGCCAAUAUAUUCUUGAAUACAAUUCGUUUUUUGAAUUCUCUAAGAGUUUGAAAAAAAAGUUGGAUGAUGAGUUUGGUGAUAGUUGGCACGUAAUCGCUGGCAAACGUUAUGAAUACAAUUCUGUCUUUAGCUAUAAUAAGUAUUACUUAGACGUAGUGUUCGAUCGAUUGAGUAUUGUAAUCCAUGCUACACAUUCGGGCUAUUUUGGUCAGUUUAAGCAGAGGCAAUUCUGGGCUCUUGGAGUAGAGAUCAAAUUUAUUGAACUCUCGAAUCCAGUCCAACAUUUUGAGGUCCUUAUGAGAGCACAGGUGGUAAUAGUCCCCUCCCUUAUGCCACGGAUAAAACGAGUGGAAACGGAUCAUAUAGAGGGCCUCCUCUGGAAGGGUACAAGUCUUGUGAUUCUUGAGCACCCGAUACAUGUACUCGUCGUGACCCCAACUCAUGAGCACCUGAUCUAA